AUGCGCCUACCGCGCAGCGAAAGCUACGAGAAGCGCAUGGAGAAGUUCUUCAUUGGUUCCAUUGACCAGGGUACCACGUCGACGCGUUUCCUGAUCUUCGACGGCACCGGCACCCCCGUCGCCUCGCAUCAGAUUGAGUUUACGCAGAAGUACCCCGAGUCUGGUUGGCACGAGCACGACCCGUGGGAGCUCGUUCAGUCGGUCUACGACUGCAUCGAGGCCGCGACGAAGAAGUUCACCGACCUGGGCCAUAAGACAAGCGACAUCAAGGCCAUCGGCAUCACCAACCAGCGUGAAACGGCGCUUGUGUGGGAUUCCGAGACCGGCCAGCCCCUCCACAAUGCCAUCGCCUGGCCCGAUACUCGUAUCAAGAGUCUGGUGCGUGAGUUCCGCCACAAGGAUGGCGCCGAUGAGCUGCCCGAGCUUUGCGGUCUGCCCCUCUCGACCUACCCCUCGGCCAUGAAGCUCGUCUGGCUGUUGCGGCACGUGCCCGAGGUCAAGAAGGCCUACGAUGAGGGCAGGCUCAUGUUUGGCACUCCCGACACCUGGCUGCUGUACAACCUGAACGGCGGCACGGAGAAGAAUGUCUUCGUGACCGACGCGACCAAUGCCUCGCGUACCAUGUUCAUGAACUUGCGCACUGUCCAGUAUGACGAUGGCCUGCUCAACUUCUUCGGCAUUGACAAGAACAAGAUCAAGCUGCCCAAGAUUGUGCCCUCGUCGUGCGCGACUUCGUUCGGUGCCAUCAACAAGGGCCCGCUCAAGGGCAUCAAGAUCGCGGGCUGUCUGGGUGACCAGUCGGCCGCCUUGGUCGGACAGCAGGGCUUCGCUCCUGGCAACGCGAAGAACACCUACGGUACCGGUUGCUUCAUGUUGUACAACGUGGGCACCGAGCCCGUCAUUUCGACGCACGGUCUGCUGUCGACGAUCGCGUACGACUUUGGCGGCAAGCGGAAGCCGGUGUACGCGCUGGAAGGUUCCGUUGCCGUGGCUGGUUCGGGUGUCAAGUUCCUGAUGAACAACAUGGGCUUCAUCCGCGACAGCGACAAGGUCGGCGAGCUGGCGUCGAGCGUCGAGAACAACGGCGGCACCGUCUUCGUUACUGCCUUCUCUGGUCUGUUCGCGCCGUACUGGAUUGAUGAUGCCAAGGGUACCAUCUUCGGUAUCACGCAGCACACGCAGCGUGGCCACAUUGCCCGUGCCACGCUCGAGGCCACUUGCUUCCAGACCAAGGCCAUCCUCGAUGCCAUGGAGAAGGAUAGCGGUCACGCCCUCGCUGAGUUGGCUGUUGACGGUGGUAUGAGUAAAUCGGAUCUUUGCAUGCAGACGCAAGCCAACAUCAUCGGCAUCCCGGUCAACCGCCCCUCGAUGCGUGAAACAACGUCUCUGGGCGCGGCCAUCGCGGCAGGCUUCGCCGUGGACAUCUGGAAGGAGUUCGACGAGCUCAAGGACAUCAACCAGAAGGACCGCGUCAUCUUCGAGCCGAACAUCACGGAGGAGGAGAGCCAGAAGAUGUUCCGCAAGUGGACUCGGGCGGUCGAGAUGUGCCGCGGCUGGUUGGAUGUGGGCGAGGAGGAUGAGGAGGAGGAGAGCUAG